AUGAGGAUUACUUGGCAAACUUUUCCUAAAUUACUAAUUGUGUUGCCAUUGCUGCAUUUUUAUCUUGCUCACUGUGUUAAGGCAGAAUCAGAAGACCUCAAGCGUCGCAAAGAAUCGGAGCAACCUAAUGCGCAGAAUGUGAACAUCGCCUGGAUGAUGAAGCAGGGGAAGUUGGGGAAGACAUAAAGGACACCCUAUACGGAAGCUUGUUCCCGAGGAAGUAAAUGCAAACAAAUUACCCCAAGCCAGAAACUUAUCGACAAGCGUGGCUCGUCUGGCUGAAACGGAAGCAGAAAGUCAAGGUGCAAAACCAAAAAUCAUUACACCUGUUCACGAACACAGCUCGCCGGGAAAGAUGUGAGUGUAGAAAGCGUAGAAAUCGAAUGGACAGCGAAGAAGUAAUGCGAGGCACGCCAAGUUGAAAAUUUAACGCUCGUAGUUCAUCCGCAAGGGUUGAAGAAGUUCCUCUCGGGGUUGGGGUUUUAUUGUUUUGUAUUUUUGGAUAUAGUUUUUUUCGGGGAAAACUGGUCACGGUUCAUGCUCACCGCUUUCUGUUGCGUGUGGCAGGCGACACAAAUGCGAAGCAAACUAAAUUUAACUGUCUUGAUAUCAGAAAUUAAUAAACUUAAUGAGCGUCCAGCGACGGAUAGACAUCUGCAACAGGUGUUGCAGCUGCAUUUGCUCGCCUUGGAAAAGGAUUUGCACGAAAUUGCAUUUUAAUUGUGUUUUUUAUUUUAUUUCAUUUUUGACCACUCGAUAUUAUUCACUGAUGGUAGUUGGCAUUAGCACUUCUUUAGCAGCUGCCUUUCUCGAGAUCGGAGAAAGGUGUCUUAAGAACGGGUUCUCUUCGUAGGUACUAAUUAAAUAUGUUCAGAGCGUUUUUUAUAAUUUAUUAUCUAUUCAUCAACGUU